UUCUCUGUCUUUAUCUCAUUUUCUUCUUGGACAGUAUGUGAUUUUAUAGUACCAAUUAAAGAUGUCAAAUGUCAAUUGGUUAAUUCUGCUCCUGUUUACCUGGUCGAGUUGUUAAUAGAAUACUUUUUCCUGAGUGUCAGCAAAUUGAAUUUAUUUAAUCCAACAUGUUUCUUCUCAGCCCUCAUAAGCCACUGUUUGCCAGCUGGCUCAUAGAGCAAGUGAAUUCAGGCCAGUAUGAGGGUCUGUGCUACGUGGCUCCAAACAGAAUCCGAAUUCCCUGGAAGCACAACUCCAAAAGUGACUGCAGUGAUGUCGACACUAAAAUCUUUCAUCAAUGGGCAGUUGUCAGUGGUAAAAUCAGUGUUCACCCGAAUGAUAAGGCCAAAUGGAAAACCAACUUUCGUUGUAACCUGAACAACCUCGAGCAGCACUUCAAAUUGAUUGAAGAUAACUCCAAGACUGCAGACCCUCAUAAAAUCUAUGAGAUUAUCAACACUAAGAGCACAGAAGAAAAUCAACACUUCAAUUCUGUUUUUGUCUCCAAACAGCAGCAAUUUGCGAAUAACUCUAUUGCCUUAGAGCCUGGUUGUCAUCUGUUAGGCGAGUGUUUAACAGAAUAUUCCCAAUAUCCAACCGUCCAGAGAAACAAUUUCAGUGAUGCAAUUGUUAAGAAUGCUGUUCCUCCUUUACAAGUAAAUCCAUACCUAUCUUAUAGGAACAUUGACUUAGAGGUCUCCAUCCACUACAAAAAUAAACUAAUGUUAAAGGCUAGCAUGAACACAGCCCGUCUCCAACUCCACUUCCAAGCAGCUUGUGAGAACAACUCCUACCCUCUCUGCUUUCCCACCACUGAAGGCCUGCGGGACCACAAACAGAUUAAGUACACCAACCACAUCCUCAACAGCAUCCAGAGAGGUCUACUUCUUGAAGUCCAUGAGUCUGGCAUUUAUGGAAUCAGGCAGGACACUUGCCGCAUGUUUGCUAGCAUUGAGAAACCCAGCAUGGCUCAAGCGCACCCGAAAAAAUUACCCCAAAACACUAAAAUGGAGCUCUUUAAUUUUCAAAAGUUUUGUUAUGAACUAAACCAGUUUAAGGAGAAUAAGGGAGGCUCACCUAACUAUACUAUCACAAUAUGUUUUGGAGAGAUGUUCCCGGAUGGCAAACCACUGGAGAAGAAGCUCAUAGUAGUCCAGGUGGUCCCGCUGAUGUUCCAAAACUUUCAUGAGAUGGCCCUGAGUGAGGGAGCAUCUUCUCUCAACAGCGCCAACAUCAGCCUCCAAUUGUCACACAACAGCUUAUAUGAUUUUAUUUCUUCUCAACUAAGCCCACCGACAACUGCGUUCAGCCAACAGUCCUGUAGAGAUUUUUGUCCCUAAUUGUUCCAUUUACCAAUAAAGUCUUAGUAAACCCAA